UAUUAUUAUUUUGUUUGCCCUCCGACAAUUAAUUGCAGAUAAAUGCAGACAUAAAUAAAAAGUCGAUCGUAAAGGCCGUCAUGCCAAGCCAAAUAAAGUCGAUGCCCAAUAGCUAGGAAUGUUUGCCUCUUAAGUCAACAAAACUUUGUUUGAAACACUACAGCUGAACUCUAGGCACCAACCUUAGAUGGAGAAAAACGAACAAAACCCCAACCUCAUCCACCCGAAAUCAAACAAAACUCGGCCCCGUCGUCCCUGGUACCCCUGACACCGUAUCGAACAGAAAUCCGCUUUCUACCGAAGUGGUUAGGUUAAAGCUGUCACACGCUUAUUUCGGCGCGCGAAAGUCUGUGCGGCAUUGCUGAUCGAUACUGCCACCGGUCACACCAAGAGAGAAACACUCGCCGUCUUGCUCUUUCUGAGGCACCCCCCACUCAAGCCCAUGUUUCCCCGGACCCCCGACACUGCCACCCCCUGGUCCUACUUCCUUGCCAUCUGCAAGCACAAGGGCCAAGCCCUCCCCCCUCAGCACUCCCGACACCGUAUCGAACAGAAAUGAAUCCGCUUUCCACCGAAGUGGUUAGGUUAAAGCUGUCACACGCUUAUUUCGGCGCGCGAAAGUCUGUGCGGCAUUGCUGAUCGAUAUUGCCACCGGUCACACCGAGAGAGAUAUAUUUUGAGUUAAGCCAUCGUUCUGAGGAUCGUCCUUGACAGUCUCGCCAGAACCAGAAUCAAGAAAACAUUAUUUCGAUUCAAGAGCCGAGCGCGGCUCGUUUUGUGGAAAAUUUUGCCAACAUUUUUUUGAUUAACUUUCUUCGAAACAACGCACCCACAACAGCCACCACCACCACACCAGACCCACACGCGCACACAGCAGUCUGCCACGAACAUGUCCACCCGCCCAAAGAGAAGGGCAGCGCCCAGCGCAAAGGCCCUGGAUCUGGUUCGCGACGAGGUCGCCAAGAGGGAGGCGGCACGGGCAGCCGGUCGGGUGGGCUUUGCGGCUCUAGGCCAGCAGCACGCCCGCGACCUCGAGGCAACGGGAGGAGAAGAGCAAGCGGCCGGGGGAGACGGCGACGACGUCCAAGUCGCGGCAGCGCCAGCAGCACAGCUGGCUAGGGUAAGGAAGAGCACGAAGUGGCCUCCUACUUUCGACUUGGCGCUGGCAAGGGCAGGUCUGCAGAACGAAGUGUGGAAAGUGAAUGGGAGCGGGCGUUCGGUCGGCGAAAGGUGGGACGCCUGCUGGAAGACCCUCAACCAGGAGUCCUUGGUCAGGAUCUUCAAGGAUAAGACGUCCAAAAAUUGCAAGGCGCGCUACGACAAGAUCAUUGACGACCAGAGCAAGAACGAUGGUAAAGCCCAGCGGGACUCCGGAGCCGGCACUGCUGAGAGUGGUUCGGAGGACGAGGGAGAGAAGAAUACCAAGAUCCAGCUGGUGAGGGGUCUAGAGCCAUUAGUCUAA